CAUCGACUAGUGAACGGUCGUUAUGAUUAUCCGUUGGAUAUUGCGUUGACGGAUUAUCAUUUGGUGAUUAUUUUUGGAGAUCGAUUCGAGGCGAUAUCGAUUUUGAAUCAAAAGUGUACAUUUAACGAUGUGAUUGCGAUCAGUGAACAUGGUGAGAGGGAGGCACGCGCAGUGGAUGUUUGGGUGGCGCAGUCGGAGUCAUGUCAACUGCGUGGAAUGUGUCGUGAUAAUGUGACCGAAUCGAUCUGGGUUUAUACCGACUCGAAUAUCAUUCGAUAUCGACCGAAUGAGGAGGGAAAGAGUGUGUGGCGUAUCCACCUGGAGCGAGGUGAAUACGAUAAAGCGUUAUCGAUAACGGAUCACCUCAAGGAUCGAGAACCCUAUCAAUUGGUCAUUAAGAAACAAGCCGAGAAAUUUAUUGCCGAGAAAAAGUGCGGAUUUGCCCAGUCUGUAUAG